CCGACACACCACACCACACAAGCAUGGGCAAGUCAGGUCGAGUCAGCCAGCACACACAACACCACACAUCACAACCCGCUGCACAGCUCAGCCCCCACUCGUCCACCUCUCCCCGGCCCACAUGUCCAUCGACGGGCCAGCUGGCCCCCCCGCGUUUCAACCUGAGAGGGUCGUCUAGCCCCGCGAUGCCGACCUGUGUGUCAGAGAGAGAUGCCAGAGUUAGAGCCAGGCAUGUCGGUAGGCAGGCACGCUAGUAAGGCCAACUCAGUCCAGCCGACUGAGGGCUUUCUACUAGGGUUCGUUCCCGCACUUGCUGUCACUCUCACAGGUAUCGUACAGACACCAUUUCCCCACCUCCCUCUCCUCCCUCUCUCCCACUUUCGUUCUCUGGUGCGUGUGGCUUCAAAGGCAGGCCCAUCCACGCACACACGCUCGCACGGAACGAUGCUUGCACUGCACACAUUUGCAUACAUAUUGCACACAUUCCAUGGCAGGCAUACAGCAAAAAAGGUGUGGUGUGGUGUGGUGUCCCCCCACGAAAACAAACGAGGCAGGCAGGCAGGCAGGCAGGCAAACCAUUUUGGGCAGAGACGAGAGCACCGAGGGCCCUCUCCCUCCCUCCAUCCAACCAUGCCUCUCAGACGACAGGAGGGAGGGAGGGAGGGAGGGAGGAGGCCCACACGCCCCGCUGUCCAUCCAUUCGCUGACCCACCCACCCACCCCCCGGUGUGUGUAUUGUAUGUGAUGCGAGUGUGACUAGAUAGACCAGUCCUCACAGAUGGUGCCAGGUUUCCACAUGGCCCGUCUGGAUCGGUACUUAUCGGAUAGCUGGUCCUCCUCCUUGAGGUCUCUGUGCUUCUUGGGCUCCUCCGGCAUGACCAGGAAGUGCUUGGCGCGGCUGAUGUCGAAACCCCAGAUACGGUAGCCCUCACUCUUGAGCUUCUCGAAACACUCCUUCUGCAAUACACACACACCGAUACAUACAUACACACACACACAGACAGACAGACAGACAGGCAGACAGGCAGAGUGAGGGAGAGGAAGGUCCUUCGUUGGAUGGUUGGUUUGUUGUUUGACCGCACCCACCUUGCACUCCCAGUCGCUCCAUCUGCACUCUCUGCAUCUGUGCUUGGGGUAGGCCCAGAACCAGGGGGCCUCGCUGUGCCAGCUGUAGUCGGUCUUGCGCGCGUCGACGAACGGCUGGGGAGCCUUGGCGGGAAUCGGAGGCUUGUGCAUCUGAUAUAUCGAUCAACCAGUCAAUCGAUGGAUUGGAUCCAUCCAUCCAUGGCAGGGCAGCCAUGUCAGCCAGCCCAGCCACCGAGUGUGUGCGCGUAGGUAGGGUAGGGUAGGUACCAUGUGUUGGAUGGAGAGGAUCCAGAUGUAGAAGAGUAUGGGGAGGUGGCAGGCGCCCAUGCCGAUCUGCAGCAUGAACCACUUGCGCUCGUACUCGGUCAUCAUGAUCAUCUUGUAACGCUCGUUCGGGUCCAUGUCCAACAGCAAAUACUUGCGACUGCACACCAGACCAACACACCACAGCACAGCACAGCACAGCCAACACACACGCACAUACAGGAGGGUGGGCGGAUGGACGCGCUUCGCUUCCCUGUGACGCCUGUCUGUCUGUCUGUCUGUGCGCCUCUGGUCCCUCCCCUGCUGACCUGUUCCAUCUGCUCCAGUAGCCCGAGACAUCCAGCCAGCGAUAGAACCACUCUGCCCACGUCUGCAAACACAACACAACACACCCACAACACUUGCCUUUGCCUCCCCUGCCCUCUGCACGUGUCUGUGUGCCGUGCUGUGCUGUGCUGUGCUGUGCUGUCCUGUCCUGGCUGUCCCGCGUCCACGUGUCGUGUUGUGGCGUCCCUCCCUCCCUGUACCUCUCUCUCGAGCGUGGCAGAUCCGCCGACGCUGUGCCCGCCGAUGUGGGAUGGCGGGUGGAGUCCCCAGGGGCUGAUGCGGCCGGUGUUGUCCCAGUUGGUGAACCCGCUGCUGUUCCAGCCCGUCCACUUCUGCCCCGGCUUCGUCCACGCCACAGGCACCUGACGAGCCACACGCGCCUGCAGCCCGCGGAUGGCCGUGCGGAAGAAACUCAUGAUGGCUACUCCUCCAGCACACGGGAAGGGGAGGCCUACAGCCCAAAAAUUACCUGGC